AAAAGCAUUCGGCCCGAACACCUCCCCCACUCACCAGUCACCACACUCUCUUCUCAUUCUCUCUCCCAUUUUUUUCUUUCUUUCAAUUGAAACAAAUAAAAGUAAAGAAAGAAAAAAGUAACCCACUCUUCCAAAAUCUGUGUGCGUCUUAGUUUCUCUCUCCUCAGUCACAUUCUCCCGAUUCGCCGCCCAAUUGGGAGGCAAUUAUGACCACCGAAGUAAAUGCCGCCGUUAAGUCGGUGCUUGACAAACCGUUACACCAGCUCACUGAAGAUGACAUUUCUCAGCUCACCCGUGAAGAUUGCCGCCGUUACCUCAAAGAAAAAGGUAUGCGAAGACCGUCGUGGAACAAAUCACAGGCGAUCCAACAAGUGAUUUCACUAAAAUCUUUGCUUGAGCCUUCUCCUUCUCCUUCAAAUGCCGCUGUUCUUAAAUCUGCUGUUGUUCGUCCCCCUUUAAAUUCUACCAACACUGUGAACUCUAAUUCUUCUAGCUUCACAAAGGAAUUAAGUCCACCUGAUGCUGAUGGAUCAGUGUCAGCAAUGGGGGAGGAUGGAGGUCAAAAUCAGCAGGCUGGAACCUCCAGUUCGGAACCCACACGAGAAGGGGAAUGUCGUCCUACUGCCACUGACUCUAAAGCUAUAGCUGUCAGAGAUACAGAUGCAUUGCAUCUUCCAAUUGAUCAAAUGACAAUCUUUUACAGUGGUGGCAUCAAUGUUUAUGAUGGAGUUCCACUCGAUAAGGUGGUUCAGCAGGCACGGGCGAUAAUGCAUCUAGCCGCAAGCCCUACUCAAUUUUCUCAAGAUGAACCAAAUACUGUAAACUCGACUCCGUGGAGCAGUCCAUGCCAGUUACCUACUUCAAGUGUUAAAUUCAACGCAUCUACCCAAGAUGGAGCUGCUGCGCAGUCUGUGUUGCAAGGGAAAAUGGCAGAACCUAUUCAACAGUGUAGAUCUGAUGGAAGCAUUUUUUACGAACAAGAUGUUGAUGGUCAGACAAACAGACAAGUCUCGUUGCAGAGGUACUUUGAGAAGAGAAAAGACAGAGGGAAAUUUAAGAUGAAAAGGAAGAUAGGAUCUUCACCUUCUGGCUUGGAGAUGUACUUGAACCAUCAGACGAGGACGCCCGUCAUCAAUGGACAAACUACUCGAAACAACACUAGCCCUAGAAGCCAGCUUGGGAUACCCUGCUCAAGUUAUGGCUUAGUGAAUAAAGACCAGAAGAAUCAUGGUCUGUCUGUUGAUCUCAAUGACAAAGGCUACUGACUACUAAGUCGAACAUAUUGUUGCAGCUUAGAAUCCCUUGCUAUUGUAAUGACCUGUGACUGCUUGUCACCUGGAGGUAAGUAAAAAUCCUUUCAGAGGAAGUCAUCCCUGAAGACUGUAGACGGCAUUAUUGUGAUCCACAGCAUGUAUUCGUGAUGUGUGGCGGAUGAGAUGCGCUUUUUAGCUCCAUUCUGGAGUAACAAUGAGAGGAUCUUUUCGUUAGUGGUACAAGUUAUUUGCUGCUCUAAUCAAUUUUUUAAACAAAAGUAUGAAAUGAUUCUAAUAUGAGUUAAGGGUCUUUGAACAUACGAUGCACGAGCCUCUUGCAGUCAUUGAGCAUCAUCAAGAUGGAAGGACAUGUUUAAUGCUACCCAUCAAAAUGUAAGUUCAUGUUAAUCAUUUGAUGCAAAGCUAUAAGCCUGAUGAUUUUCAUUGUCCGUGCCCUGGUGCCCUGGUGCCCAAGCCCUAUGUAUAUUUGCCUACCCUUGUUGGGAGCUUAUCUAACUGAAAGAAUUCAAAGCUCAGGGGUUGAAGAGCUAGGAAGGUCAAGGAUUCUACAAUAACAAUGUAAUAUUAAAUGGGGUUUACAAUAUCACAGGUAAGAUUAUAUUUUAUAUUGUCAGUACAA